AUGAGAGAUGAUGAUGAGAUUCAUAUUGAUACCAGUUUCAGCUACCAGAAUGGCUAUCAGCCUCAGCAACAGAAUGUGUACUCUCAAAAUGGGUACACGCAACCAUCUUGUGGAUUGAAUGGCAUGACCUCCGAUUAUAGUAAUGGUGUCACAGCAGGUUACGUGACGAAGGGUUUCGGGGGCACAUUCGAUCCAAAGGAUAAGAACUGUGGUGAUUUCGUUGGGAACUGGAACAGCCAGACGGCCGGCACCGAUUCUGUAGAAAAGCAACUUUUCAAUAAUAUGAAUAGUGGAAUCAAUUUUGACAAUUACGAAAGCAUCCCUGUCGAAGUGAGUGGUGAAAAUCCUCCCGAAGCAAUCACAGCGUUCACUGACGCGAACAUGCAUGAGUGGAUACAACAAAAUGUCGACAAAAGUGGCUACAGGAAGCCUACACCAGUUCAGAAAUAUUCACUUCCCACAUUGUUGGGCAAUCGUGACCUCAUGUCUUGUGCUCAAACUGGAUCAGGAAAGACGGCUGCAUUUCUAUUGCCGAUCAUUCACCACAUUUUGGUUAACGGCCCCGAAGCCAUCCGUCCGUCAAUGAUGUCAAGCUCAGGUCGCCGCACAUUCUAUCCUGCGGCUCUUGUUCUCGCACCAACAAGAGAAUUGGCAAUCCAGAUACACAAGGAGGCAGCGAAGUUCAGCUAUCGCACCAAUAUCAUUUCCGCAAUUUUGUAUGGUGGUCGUGAGAAUUACCGUGAGCAAAUCAAUCGCUUGCGUGGUGGUUGUCACAUUUUGAUUGCCACUCCCGGACGACUUAUUGAUAUCCUCGAUCAGGGUUAUAUUGGACUGGCUGGGUGUCGAUAUUUGGUACUGGAUGAAGCUGAUCGUAUGUUGGAUAUGGGAUUUGAGCCACAGAUUCGAAAAAUUGUCGGACAAGGAAUGCCCCCGAAAUCAGAGCGUAUUACAGCGAUGUUCAGCGCUACAUUCCCAAAGCAAAUACAGACACUUGCGCAAGAUUUCCUCAAGCCAAAUUAUGUGUUCUUGGCUGUUGGACGGGUUGGUUCAACUUCUGAAAAUAUCGACCAGCAGAUAUUGUUGGUAGAAGAAUUCGAUAAGCGGAAGAUGCUCAUGAAUAUUUUAGCGAGAGAAGAAAAUGCUUCACUAGUCUUGGUAUUUGUCGAAACAAAGCGAGGAGCGAAUGACUUGGCCAACAUACUUCAGCGUCAGCAAAUAAAUGCUGUGGCCAUUCACGGAGACCUGAAGCAGUUCGAAAGAGAACGCAAUUUGGAGCUUUUCAGGAACGGUUCUAAUCCAGUUCUUGUAGCAACUGCAGUUGCUGCUCGUGGUCUUGACAUUCCAAAUGUAAGGCACGUAGUCAAUUACGAUCUCCCUGGUGACAUAGAUGAAUAUGUUCAUCGUAUUGGAAGAACGGGUCGAUGUGGUAAUACAGGACGAGCCACCAGCUUUUUCACUGAAAAGAAUCGUGCGCUGGCUCGUGAUUUGUCCCAGCUUCUCGGCGAGUCAAAUCAGGAAGUACCAGAUUUCCUUCUUCGUAUGGCUGCCGAGGGAAGAACACCGGGAAAUAAUCGUCAAACCAAUAGACGAUUCGGUGGAACAGAUCAGCGGCGAGGCGCUCCCGGCCCCAUAGGAGGUCGAGGUGGAUUCAGUGGUCCUCAAGGAGUUCCACCAACAAUGCAGAAUGGCUUUGGCCCACCAUUUGCUAUGGGUACAAUGAACGGCUUUGCUCAGCCGCCUCGUGGUUUCACACAACAAAAUGGUUUUGGUCCACCACAAAGUCGCUUCCCUCCCGCUUUUCCUCGUGGUGGAAUGCCUCCAUUCAAUGGAGUUCCACCAGUGGGAUAUGGUCAACCGAACUUCGGUGCCCCCAUGAUGCCUCGUGGUGGAUUUCAGCCUUCGAACGGAUUCGCUCCUCCAGGAGCUCCUUCAUUCCAGCAGCAACCUGCUUAUCAAAAUGCUCGUGGGUUCGGUAACUGGCAGAACUGA